UUAGUUCAAGGCUGUGAGAGACAACACGAAGUCAUUAAAAAAUCAACUGAAAUCGCAGACAUAAACAAAAAUUAAAAACAUUCGAGAAACUGUAAUUGAAAUUGAAAUUCCACACCUAACGUAAAUCAAUCAGAACCAAUUAAUUUGUGUUGCUCGCAUUAAACAUACUUGGACAGCAAACAUGGCCAAUAUUAUACCGGAUCCAAGACCAUUAGAAAAUCGUCUGCACCGUAUAUCGCACAGAUUCAUUUCAAUCGACGACGAAAUUAACACAGCAUUUCGCCAUCAUUUCUCUAAUGUGUCCCAGCUUAUGAUCACACAAUUGAAAUCUAAGGACACACUUUUUCAGAAAAUUUUUCAAGUUCUUCAAAUGGCUGGGAGCUAUGCCGAUGGCAUUAAAGUGAAUGCACCAAACGAAUUCGAUUUGUUGGUUCUAUUGAAAUUUCCGAAACCGAUUCCAGUCAACAGUACGACUCCUGGUUAUGUUACAAUCAAUAUCAGGGAUGGACUCAAUACGUGGCUAGGAUGGUUGGCUGGAGAUCAAGAAAAAUAUAAAAGAUUCAUCGAUGGUGAAGGUUACUUGAUACAGAACCAAAUAUUAGAUUGGCUGCGAAAGUUGGUAAGAGGAAUUUUGGCCGAACAUAAGUAUCUUUUCAAGAUUCAUGGAGCCGAAUAUUCAAUUAACCAACAAAAUUGCGGUCCAGCUGUUACCCUCGACGUAUAUGUUCAGAAAUGCCCAUCUGGAUACAUCGGACAUUUUUCGAUAGACUUCGUACCAGCUUUACAGUUUGAUUCGAAUGAUAGAUGGGUUGCUGACAAACGACCAAAUAUUCAAGUUCCCCGAUUUUGGAACGCGAUUCCAAAGCCGAAUAAACAAGUUUUGCACAAAAACAGAGACUGGAUAUGCUCGUAUGCAGAGAUUGAAAGAGAUUAUCUGAAUGAUUUAAAUCGAAUAAAACCGUUGAUCAGGAUUUUUAAGAAAAUCCGAGACAAAGCACACUUAACGAAUUUGAAAAGUUAUUACAUUAAGACCAUUUUCCUGCAUCGUAUUCUUGAAAAAUCUUACGAUUAUUGGAAUAGAUCAUUGGCAGUACUUUUCAUGGAAAUGUUUGACGUUAUUCUAAAUCACUUAAAAACGAGAACUCUGUGGUCUCUUUGGCAUCGUAAUUACAAUCUAUUUUCGCAGUUACAUGCUCACCAGAUUGAUGCAAUCUAUUAUAACUUGAAGAAAAUAAGGGAUACGAUCACUAAAAAUUUGGUUAACAAUAAUCCAGACAUCAUUUAUCGAGAGAUUUUGACGAGAGAGGAAAUGAUUGACUUGGAACAAAGAGAAGAAGAAGAGAAUCAACCAUCCUGGUGUACUAUAUUGUAGAAGUAAAUAAUUUGGUGUGACGCAAGUCCUUCUUUCUAACUUCUUAAAAUUAAACCAAAAUAGAUUCUAUUGUGCAAGUGUACAACGUGAACUUUAAUAAACUUUUUUAUUUUUC